AUUUGGAGAUCGGCUUCGGCUACGGCUUGGCAGACAUUUUUUUCUUUCUACAAUUUUAAAUUAAAUUUAUUAGAAUAAAUGCUUCGAACACACGCGAUCUAAGUACCUUUUGUGUUUAUUAUACCUUACCUACCUAGGUAUAAAAAGAGUACUUACGUAGAUUUUCUUUUAUUAACUGUUUUAUACGAAGAUCUUGAUCUCUCAAAUUAGCAUCCAUUUUACUUCCAGUGAUUAUCAACUAAAUUAAUAAUCCACAAAGUAUUAAAUAACGUUUUUAUGAAAUAUUUAGCACAAAAACAAUACCCUUUAAAUAUCGAUCGUCAGUAACUGUGGCUGACUUACCUAUAUUCUAGCAAGCAGGACUGCCAGAUGUGAAGGGGAAAACCCCAAUAAAUUGUUGCAUGUGACUGAUGAUGUGAGCAUGUUCGUUUCAUAAUAAAAAUGUUGCCAGGUAACCAAAAAGUCGUAUGUUUUUGUGCGAAUUACGAUCAUAAUCUUUACGAUCGUACAUUAAAAAAUAGACAAAUAAUAGUAUGAGUACGAUUUAAAUCGUAUAUCUGUCAACCCUGCUAGCAAGACAGCGACAAAAUCACGUUGCAUAACAAUGUAGCCCAAGCUUAUAUCUUAUGAAAUAUACGGAAGAGAUACGGACUUAGAAAAAACAGAAAUGUUGUUCUUUGUGGAAGUCAUUGAUGAAAUUCUAUGUAUUUUAGCCCGCAAACUUUCUUCAAACAAAAACAGCGCCAUCUAGUAUCGAGUUCUGUAAUUAUCUCUUUGUUUAUGGAUUUGAAGUAAGACCGCCACGCAUGCAAUACAUUAUGACUGGGGAUUCCCCUAUUCGUCGACGCUGAAUAUGAGGCGACGACAAUCACUGUCAAACGUGUUCACUAUUACUCUGACUCUGGUAACGUGACUUCCUGGUAACGUGUUAGGUAGGAAAAGCAGUAAAAAAGUGCAUAUUAAGGGAGCAGAUUUGAAAUAAUAUUUAUACUUAACAAGAAAUAAUUAAAGGUUCAAUGGGGAGACCUAAAGAUUUACGCAUAUGGGAGCACUACCGUACUUUACCAAACAAGUCUGUUUCUUGCAAGCUUUGUAAUAAGGUCUACAAAUUCAGUAAUGCUGCCAAAAUGCUUCAACAUCUUAUCACUUGUCCAAAAUCUCCAGAAACAUUAAAAGACUCUAUGAAACUUAUAAAAGAUAGCUCGUCCAAAACCAAAAUGUCUGGACUGUCAGAGAUAGAGACAAAUGAUUCUUUUAUAAGCCCCUCGUCGUCUGCUAACACUACAAUAAAUGCUGAGUUACAAGACACCGAUGAUCAUAUAAAAACAGAAUUAGCGAGAGCUAUAUUUGUAACAGGGACGCCAUUAUCGAUGGUGCAACAUCCUUUAUGGAUACAAUUUUUCGAAAAAUUGCAACCAAAAUUUAAAAUACCUUCACGUAAAGCUUUAGCGACAAAAUACUUAGAUAAAAUAUAUAGAGAAAUGCGUUUUGAGUUAAAUGAGGAACUAAAUGCUUGUAGUUACUUACACCUUCAGUGCGAUGGCUGGUCUAAUUUAAGAAAUGAAGGAAUAGUAAACUUUCUUAUAUCAAAACCUCAACCUGCAUACGUUAAAAGUUUGAAUACAGAAAGUAAUCCUCACACUAGUGAAUACCUUAGCCAAGAAGUUGAAAAAGUAAUGAAAGUGUAUGGAGCAAAUAAGUUUCUUGUACUUAUUAUUCUGCAUAUCAAUGAUAUGUUACAGAUAAGUAAUAUUCAUUGCUAUGCAGACGACAGUACAGGAGAUACAUUAUAUACCGGUCAUGCAAAGAUCUCGCGGGCACAUACCGAUGAGUGCCGGAAUAGACUUGUGUCUGAAAUCGAAACUUCACUCCAUCAAGUUUCGAUCUGGGGUGAACAAAAUCUUGUCCAAUUUAACCCCAAAAAGACACAAGUCUGCGCGUUUACCGCAAAAAAGACGCCGUUUGUCGUAUCUCCUCACUUUCAGGGCACUUCCCUUGAUAAAAAGUCGAGUCUAGGAAUUCUGGGCGUUGAUAUAUCUUGCGACGUCCAGUUUUGCGGUCAUCUGGAGGAGAAGGCUAAGAUAGCUUCCAAAAAGUUAGGAGUACUCAAUAGGGUGAGACGAUAUUUCAUGCCAGAACACCGCCUGAAAUUAUAUAAAGCCCAAGUCAGGCCGCAUAUGGAAUACUGUUCUCACCUGUGGGCAGGAGCGCCACAGUACCAACUCCUUCCGUUAGACCGCAUUCAAAGUCGGGCGGCUCGAAUUAUCGAUAGUCAACGCCUUACUGUCCGACUCGACCCACUGAAACUGCGCAGAGAUGUUGCAUCUCUGUGCAUCUUCUACCGAAUUUAUCAUGGGGAGUGUUCUGAGGAAUUGUUCGGAUUGAUACCUGCUGCUGAUUUUCACCACCGUACAACCCGCCACAAACUAAAGUUUCAUCCCAAUCAUCUGGACGAGUGGCGGUCUUCCACCGUGCGUUUUUCAAGGCACUUUCUUCCACGCACAACCAUUCUUUGGAAUCAACUUCCAGCAGCAGUAUUUCCGAACCGAUACGACAACAUAACCUUCAAGAAAAGAGUAUAUUCCUUUUUAAAAGGCCGGCAGCACACCUGCAAUGCCGCUGGUGUUGUGGGUGAUCAUGGGCGGCGGUAGUCACUUACCAUCAGGUGAGCCGCAUGCUCGUUUGCCCCCUGUGUUGUAAAAAAAAAAAAAAAAAAAUUAUUGGCGAUAACGCUAGAAAUAUACAAAAGGCAUUCGAAUUAACAAAA